UUAGGUGUGGGUCUCCUUCAUGUUUAAUUUUUAACAAACCAAUAAAAAUCAACAGGGACAUGAUGAAGAUACUGAGAAAUGAAACAUCACAUUUGUUUGGUAUACAGACAGCCAGUUUGAAGUUCAUUCUGGUCAUUCUUUGGCUUAUUACAGGUGAAGAGUGUAGGACAGUAACUGUUCAGACUGGUGGAUCUGUUACUAUUCCAUGUCAUUAUGAAAGUAAAUACACCCAACACAAGAAAUACUGGUGCUUUGAUACAAGAUCAUCUUACGAUUACUGUUCUUAUCUGGCAUAUUCAAAUGACACUGUGUCAAAAGACGUGUCAGUAAUUGAUCAUCCUGAACAGAGUUUAUUUACUGUCACUAUGAGAGACCUGGAAAAUCAAAACACUGGUGAAUACUGGUGUGCUGUGAAAAUUAAAGAAGUUACCUAUGAUGUGGCAGAGAGGGUUUACCUCCAAAUCCAAUCAGCUCCUGAUGUCUAUGUGAUGUCCAGCAGUGUAACUGUAGAUGAAGGUGGUAAUAUCAGUCUACAGUGUCUCUACACUUCUACAUAUAAGAAUAAAUACAAACAGUGGUGCAGAUAUAAAGACAAGAGAUGUUACAGAGUGGAAAGAUCUGAGACAUCCCAGAAUGCAUCAGUUGAGAUCAGUGAUGAUGGGAGAGGAUCUUUGACUGUGGUGAUGUCUGGACUGAUGAAGAGUGAUUCUGGCUGGUAUUACUGUUCUGUAGGACAUCUACAGGCUCCUGUUCAACUCACAGUCACUGUCACAACCUUCCGAAGUUCAACAACCUCAGAAAGCAAUCAGCUGACACUAACAACACAGUCUGAUCUGAGUACUGCCAGUCAGCUUGACAGCAGAAGUACAGCUCCCAAUAACAACAAUCAAAUAUCAAGCAGUAAAGGGCCAAAAAGACACUAUGAGCAUAUGAAGAUGUGGCGUAUACCCAUUGUUCUGCUUCUGCUUCUUCUACUGAUUCUGGUUACUCUGACAUCUGAAAUACUGAGAAGGAAACACAAAAGAAAAAACAAUCACAUCUCAAAUGAGAAAAUAGACAAAGUCAGUGAUGAAGACUCGGUUAAUUCGUCCUCAGUAAAUCCUGAAUGUGAUGUGACGUACAGUUCUGUGAUUAAACGUCCCAAGACUAAAGCAGACGACUCAGUUAAUUUAUCCUCAGUGAAUCCUGAAUGUGAUCUGACGUACAGUUGUGUGAUUAAACUUACCAAGACUGAAGCAUGUGGACCAGCAGAUGUGCUGUAGAGGAAAAUGUGAUCUACAGCUCUGUACGUGAAUAGGUGUCUGAUCUGGAUUAAAUACAUGGACAAAAUAUAAACACAUUGAUGGAAAACACCAAAACAAACAGUUGUUUUGAUAAGAUAAAACAUUAUCAAGUUAUUGUAGCUUUUGACACACCCACCUCUAUAUAUACAAUUCAGUCUGAAUAUAUUUUGUUUGUUUUAUCAACCCCUAGGGCAGGGGUCGGCAAGUAACUUUGGCCGCGGGCCAAUAUUUUUUUAGCCAGUAGAUGGCGGGCCAACUGCUGUUGGCACACUUACAUGUCUUAUUUUAAAUUAGCCUAGUAUAAGCUAUCUGAUCUUUUGUCAAGAAACAUUGUCUUUAUUUUCUAUUUAAAAGACGAAAGACGGCAUUAAAAAUUGCGAAAAACAUGGUUAUGGGUCUGUGUAUCAUUCGUUCAAUCUUUUUUUUUUUCAAAUUAAAAACAAAAAUGAAAAAAUUAACCACCACGGGUUUUCUGAUUGUGUGCUCAGAUCAAAAAAUUAAUUACUGGAUAAAAACAAAUUUUGUAUUUAUUUUUUAACACCUUUAUAGGCAUAAUAUAUCAAUGAAAUCAUUUUAAACAGAUCAAGUUGUUGGGAUUCGGUUUGUGUGUUUUUGAGAUUUAUUAUUUCCUUGUCAUGCUUUGUUUUAUUUUACUUAUUGCUACCUUUUGUUUCUUGUUUAUUGUACUGGGUACUGUUUUUGAUUGGGGUCUUGUCUUUGAUUAUGGUUUUGAUUUGCAUCAUAUCUUGUUUUGUUUCUUAUCCUGUAUUUGUAUUUAAUUAGUAUUGUUCCUGUGGUUUAAGUAUUAUUUCUAGUGUUUAUGUUUGUAUUUGAGUCUUGCCUGUGUCUCCUCGUGUUGAUUUAUUGUUACCACCUAGUCAUUUGUUACUCAUUGUCUUCAUGCUCCUCCCCCUUGUUUGUUGUCAUGGUGUUUUAUUGUUCUGGUUAUUUCAUUGGUUUACAUUGUGUAUUUAUUGACUGCCUGUUCACUCCCAUGUCACGGUCCAUUGUGUUUGAUGUUACGGUGUUUGUGCCCUGAGUUUUUUCCGUGUUUGCUUUGCUUAC